UGAUCACAUGUUGCUACUUCUAGUAGAGUUGUGGAGUAUAGGAAUGAUUGGUCUUAAAAAUGAGCGACAAAGAAGCUUCCACGAUGGCAUCGAAGUGUGGACAGGAUGAGUCAAACCUUGUUUAAAAAGGACUGUAACACAAUAGACGUUGAUUAAACGCCUGAACAGUGUAAUGUUUACGUUGUGAACAGCUGACAUCCGCUUUAAUCGGGGUCAGCAAAAAUCCCUUAUACUAGGGGAUAGGAUCGCACUGAAGAGUUCACAGCGAGGAAGAGAUUACUAUGAGCAACGUUAAAUUUUGGAACCAGCUGCAGGCUGGCAGCUCUGAGGUAGACUGGUGUGAGGGUAAUUACCUCAUUUACCCUGGCAUAGCGGAGUUUUACAACACGAUCAGCAACGUGCUGUUUUUUAUUUUGCCACCUAUUUUGAUGUGCUUGUUCCGUCAGUAUGCAACACAUUUCAACAGUGGGAUAUAUUUAAUAUGGGCUCUGCUGGUUGUUGUUGGUAUUGGGUCUGUAUACUUUCAUGCGACCCUGAGCUUUCUGGGCCAGAUGCUGGAUGAGUUGGCUAUCCUGUGGGUUCUGAUGUGUGCUAUCGGCAUGUGGUUCCCCAGAAGAUAUUUGCCAAAGGUUUUCCGAAAAGACAGGGGGAGGUUUAAAAUCGUCAUCGCUGUUCUCUCGGGAAUCACUACUUGCCUCGCGUUUGUCAAGCCAGCGAUCAACUCCAUCUCCCUGAUGUCCCUGGGUAUCCCCUGCACUGUCCUGCUCAUCACGGAACUGAAGAGGUGUGAGAAUCCGCGCGUGUUCAAGCUGGGACUCUUCUCGGGGCUGUGGUGGACGCUAGCCCUGGUCUGCUGGAUCAGUGACAGGAUCUUCUGUGAGAUGUGGUCUUCGGUAAACUUCCCAUACCUGCAUUGUGCAUGGCAUGUCCUGAUCUGCUUGGCCUCUUAUCUGGGCUGUGUCUGCUUUGCGUACUUUGAUGCGGCCACGGAGGCUCCUGAACAAGGACCGGUCAUCAGAUUCUGGCCCAGCGAGAAAUGGGCCUUCAUUGGUGUGCCCUACGUCUCCCUGCUGUGUGUGCAGAAGAAGUUAUCGGUGAAGGUGACGUAGGACUGGAGGCGGUCAUUGCCCUGGAGCAGAUGGAGAGAGUGCCAGAAAUGUCUAUUUUUCUGUUCACUGAACUACUACAAAGGAGGGAUAUGAAAAACUAGACAGUCGUGUAACAGCUUUUUAAACAAACUAUUACUUUAUAAGGACUGUUUCACAAACAUUUCUGUUUGUUUUUUACUGAGAAAAAAUCUUUGAACAAGAAAGAAUAUGAUAUGUACUUGCUCCCAUUCUGAAUUUAUGGGAGUGUGGUCUGAUUAAUACAAUUUAGGGAUUAACUAGUUCUAUAGAACAGUAGGUUAUAGGCCACCCUGAUGCAUAAACUGUAGAGCAGUGUCUCUAUCUGGGGAUAGUUCCUGUUGCUGUUUUUUUUUUAAGACACUUGCGCUUUUUAUGCAAAGCUGUUGCAUAAUUCAAAAGAAACAUGGUGAUUUCACACCAUCUUGAUUGUUGGUCACUGUUGAUACACUUUUUACCCAUACGGGUUUUAGUCAGCUUUUAAAAAAUUCAGGAGUGCCUGCAGUAAUGUCAUUCAGACAAUAACCUGCAAGUUACAGUUCUUUUACCCCUAAAUGUAUGUUUUUAUCCCUAAAUGUAUUUUCCGUUUCAGUGUGCUCAGUGUUUACUUUGGAUCUUCCUUAUAGCAGUUCAGUGAGAGUUUGAAGUCACUGACUUUUCUGUGAUCCUCAAGAGAGAUAUUUGAGUAAAACAUUUCUCAAUCUGUUUAUAUUUUUCAAGGUCAUGUGACCGGCUGUGUAUGGUCGAGUCCUUAAUUCGAGAUUAUCAAUUGGAAACUUGUAGCUGUUGAUGUUUUCAGUGAUUUGGCUGCAAUGAUCAAUGUAUCUUGUAUUGAGCCUAAGGGUUCCAUAUAUGUCAUGGCAAUGGCAGUCAUGUGACAUGAAACAAGUAUGGAGCAAUCAGUAUUGAUUUUGCCCACAAAGCAACAAAGGAAAGCUGUGUUCAACAUCCACUAUGCUACCAGAAUCGAAAAAAAAAAACAGAUUGCACUAGAUGUAUUUAUUUUUGUAUUUUCAUAAUAUUUAGUAUUUUUAGCAGACUUUUAGAGAGAAUAUUGUUUAUGAGAAAUGUAUUUCGUGUAUGUGUUUUUUUAAAUGCAAUUAUUUAAUGAAACAGAAAAAACAAUAUUUAACAUAUUAUAUUUUUGGGUGU